CGCUGCAGGAGGUGGCCGACCUGCUGGCUAAGCUGGCGGAGGGCCGACCGAGGUCGACCGAGGACCUGUCCGUCGUCCGGCUGCAGUACCGACGGAGCGGCGGCGCCGGCGCCGACCCCUACCGACGGGCGGUGUACGCGGCUCUGGGUGCGGCGGACCCGGCGGAGGACCACGCCGAGGCCACCAGUGACCUACACACGAGCACCGACGACUUCCUCUGGCUGAAGCUGAGCGCGCUGACGGCGCUGGGCGGCGAGGACCAGCUGGAGGCGCUGGCGCAGCUGCAGACGGCGCUGCUGGAGAAGUACGGCGAGUCCUACUUCGACGCCUACAACCAGCCGACGCUGUACUUCCGUGUCCUGCUGCUGUCCGGCCAGCUGGAGGCGGCGCUCGAGUUCCUGGCGCGCGUGGAGCAGCUGCGCCCGCACGCUGUGCACAUGGCGCUGGCGCUGCACGAGCUGAGCCUGCUGCAGCUCGCCAGCUCCACCCAGGCGGCGCUGCUGUCGAUUGAUCCGAGCGGGCGGCAGCCGCGGCGGCGCCUCAACCUGGCGCGCCUCGUGCUCAUGUACACGCGCCGCUUCGAGUCGGCCGAGCCGACGACGGCGCUGAACUACCUGUUCCUGCUGCGCCGGCUGCCGCACAGCCGUCCCGACGACACGUUCUUCGCCGCGGCCACCGCCGAGCUGGCGCUCCAGUCGGGCAGCUACGACCAGCUGCUGGGCCGGCUGGGGCCCGACGGCAAACACCAGAAGGGCGCGCUCGACCGGUACGACUUCGACACGCGCCCUGUGAUCGAGCGCGUGGCGGCCGAGAGCGAGAACCGCGGCCAGCUGGAGGACGCCGUCCAGCUGUACGACCUGGCCGGCAACCACGACAAGGUGCUGGAGCUGCUGAACCGGCUACUGAGCCAGCUGGUGUCCCGACCGGCGGCACCCGGCUCGCGCCGCCAGCGGCUGCAGCAGACGGCCGUCGCCAUCGCCAAGCGCUACAAAGAUCACGGCACCAGCGCUUCUCCCGAGGCCACCGGCACGCUCUACCUGCUGCUGGACCUGAUGUCGUUCUUCGACCUGUACCACCUGGAGCGCGGCGACGAGGCGCUGGAGGUGCUACGCCGGCUGCGUCUGGUGGCGCUGAGCGGCGAUGAGCUGGAGCGCCGGCUGGCUGAGUUCGACCGGCUCCAGGAGGAGGUGCGCCGCUGCGUACCGGACGUCCUUCUGGCGGCCAUGACGCUGCUGCACGGCGCCCAGCGUCAGCUCGGCGAGGUGCGGCCGAUGGCGCGCGCUCUCGUCACGUUCGCCGGCAGCCUGCCGUACCGGCUGCCUGGCGACACGCACGCUCGGCUCGUGCAGAUGGAGGUGCUCAUGACCUGACGGCCGGGCAGGCCGCGCAGGGCCGGCUGGGCGGGUCGUCAUGUUGGCGCCCGCCGUGUCCACU